ACUUCUCCUUUUUUCCCUGCAUCGCCCAACCCUCUCUACACACAGAGUCUCUAAAGGGAAGAAAAAGGCAAACAAGCAAUCUGCAGCCAUGGCUAUGUCAGCUGCCACCACCCAAUCUUUCCUCCUUAACAACAAAACCACCCGCCAGAACUACCAAACCCUCAAAUCCGCCACCCACAUCGCCGCCUUCCCCUCCACCCAUGUCCACCCCACCACCACCCUAACCUCUACAUACAAAUCUAUGUCCAUUUCCUGCUCAGCCGCCGCCUCCACAACUACCACCCCCCUCCAAACACCCUCUUCCACCUCCUCAGAUCGGGUCUUCAACUUCGCUGCCGGACCCGCCACCCUCCCGGAAAAUGUCCUCCAAAAAGCCCAAGCCGACCUCGUUAACUGGCGGGGCUCCGGCAUGUCCGUUAUGGAAAUGAGCCACCGUGGCAAAGAAUUCCUUUCCAUUAUUCAAAAAGCAGAAUCAGAUCUGAGAACCCUUCUUAAUAUCUCUGAUGAAUACGCCGUUCUUUUCCUUCAAGGUGGGGCCACCACCCAAUUCGCCGCCAUUCCUCUCAACAUCUGCUCACCGGAUGACGCCGUUGAUUACAUCGUCACCGGUUCAUGGGGUGACAAGGCUUACAAAGAAGCAGCUAAAUACAGCAAACCCAAUGUCAUUUGGAGUGGCAAAUCGGAAAAAUACACCAAGAUCCCGAAUUUUGAUUCGUUGGUACAAAACCCAGAUGCCAAGUAUUUGCAUAUAUGCGCCAAUGAAACUAUUCAUGGGGUUGAAUUCAAGAAUUACCCAACACCCCUUAACGAGAAAACCAUUCUUGUUGCUGAUAUGUCCUCCAAUUUCUGUUCAAAACCAGUAGAUGUUUCUAAAUUUGGUAUCAUUUACGCUGGUGCACAGAAAAAUGUUGGUCCAUCUGGAGUUACCAUUGUGAUUAUAAGGAAAGAUUUGAUUGGAAAUGCACAGGAAAGUACACCUGUGAUGUUGGAUUACAAGAUCCAUGCUGAGAACAAUUCAUUGUAUAACACACCCCCUUGUUAUGGGAUUUACAUGUGUGGGCUUGUAUUUGCAGAUCUGUUGGAUCAAGGUGGAUUAGUAGAGGUUGAGAAGAAGAAUCAGAAGAAAGCUCAGAUUUUGUAUGAUGCUAUUGAUUCUAGCAAUGGAUUUUACAGGUGCCCAGUUGAGAAAUCAGUGAGGUCUUUGAUGAAUGUGCCAUUUACAUUGGCUAAACCAGAAUUGGAAGCUGAAUUUGUGAAGACAGCUGCUGGUGAGAAGAUGGUGCAGCUAAAGGGACAUAGGUCUGUUGGUGGAAUGAGGGCUUCAAUAUACAAUGCUAUGCCUUUGGCUGGAGUUGAAAAGUUGGUAGCUUUCAUGAAGGAGUUCCAAGCUAAGCAUGGUUAAAACUAUCUUGUUCUGGUUAUACUAGUAUUUUUCUUCUAUGCUUUUGGCUUUUAAUAUUUGCAACCCUUUAUAAUUUUCUUUUUUGUGCCUUUAUGUUCUGUUGGUUUAUUUGAGUUGAGAGAGAGUCUGAAUGACAACACUUGAGUAUGUGUUGGUCCUAUUGAUUCUUGUGUACUUCUAGGAGUUUUUUUAGAAAUAUGGAAACUAUUACUUAGUCCUAUUAGAAGUUUAAUGAAAAAGUAUUUUCUUUUUGGUUUUUGGGUUCA